AUGGCCAGUGAAAACAUGGAAAUGAAUUGCACAGAAGCUAACUGGACUGCUUGGUCAGUCCCAGCUCCCACCCAAGGUGCCGGAGGUUCCACAAUUCCUGGGGCAGGAGGGCCUCCUCCCCCACCCAAUGUGACCAGUAACAGAAGAUUGCAGCAGACACAAGCUCAGGUCGAUGAGGUGGUGGACAUCAUGCGAGUGAAUGUAGACAAGGUUCUAGAAAGAGACCAAAAGCUUUCAGAGCUUGACAACCGGGCAGAUGCAUUACAAGCUGGUGCCUCACAGUUUGAAACUAGUGCAGCCAAAUUGAAGAGAAAAUACUGGUGGAAAAACUGCAAGAUGAUGAUCAUCCUUGGUGUAGUAUGUGCAGUCAUUCUUAUUGUAAUUAUAAGUAAGUAA